AACGGCGCUUGGCCCCCCGCGGGCAGGGCCUGUCAGCGGCGGCCGCCCCCUCCGCUGCGAUGAAGGCGAGCCCGGCGGCAGCCGCCGCGGCGGCAGCGGGGCAGGCGGGGGCACCGCGGGAGCCCGAUGCGCGCUGGCGGGAGAAGGGCGAAGCGGAGGCGGAGCGGCAGCGCACCCGGGAGCGGCUGGAGGCCACGCUGGCCGGGCUGGGCGAGCUGGAGUACCUGAGGCAGCGGCAGGAGCUGCUGGUGAAGAGCCUCCUGCUGCGGCGUUCGGCGGCCGCGGUGCCCGGGGCGCCGGGCGGGCGAGGGGAGCCGCCGGGCGAGGGGCCGCCGCCGCGCAGCCUGGAGGAGAAGUUCCUGGAGGAGAACAUCCUCCUCCUGCGGCGGCAGCUGAACUGCUUAAGGAGGAGGGAUGCUGGCCUAUUAAAUCAGUUACAAGAGCUGGAUAAGCAAAUAAGUGAUCUCCGCCUGGAUGUGGAAAAAACAACAGAUGAACACCUUGAGACAGACAGUCGUCCAAGUUCAGGGUUUUAUGAGCUGAGUGAUGGAGCUUCUGGAUCUCUCUCAAAUUCAUCUAACUCUGUCUUCAGUGAGUGUUUAUCCAGUUGCCAUUCUAGCACUUGCUUUUGCAGCCCUUUGGAGGCAACACUGCAUAUCUCAGAUGGACGCCCUAAAUCUGCAGAUCUCAUAGGCUGGAUGGACUAUAAUAAGGAAGGCCAGAAUGAGGACCAGCCUGCAGGCUCUGUCUGUCGCUCUUUGUCCACACCGCACUCAAAUUCCCUCGAUGUCGUUGCAGAUGUGCAUCCAAAGUACCAGUGUGAUUUGGUGUCUAAAAACGGGAACGAUGUCUACCGGUACCCCAGCCCCCUCCAUGCAGUAGCUGUGCAGAGUCCCAUGUUUCUUCUGCCCGUGACUGAAAACCCCCAGCGAGAAGAGGAGAGGUUUGAUUGUGAUAUUAGCGACAUUUGUGCCGGAUCUGAAACGGACUUGGGAAAAUCCACCAAUGCCUUUAUCUCACAGAGCUCCUGGCCAGUGCCAUGCCCUUCCACCAGCAAGAGGAUAGACAGUUACAUCUUAAGCCUGGUUCAGAAAAAGACUCAUGCGGUAAGGACUAACAAACCCAGGACAAGUCUCAAUGCCGAUCCCACCAAAGGGAUCUUGAGGCAUGGAAGCAUGUGCGUCAGGCAGCCUGCAGGGCUGGUGCCUCAUGGUAACAUCAUGAACCUGAAGAGCUCCAAGCAAGCAGGUUUGUCUUCUGGUGGGAGCACUGCUGUGGACCACACUGCACCUUCCCCAUUAAAGCAGAGGCCAAGGGAGCUGGUUGGUGAGCAGCUGGAGAGUAGGAAGGCACCUUUGCCAGCAUCUUUCCUUCCUGGCACAACAAGUGAACUUCAGAGCAAGCACCUACCACGGGGCGUCAAACCAGCACCUCCAGAGGACAACCGCAAUGCAGUGGGCCCGGACGUACCUAAGGAGAAUGGCCAGGUCUUUGCAGCAUCUCCCAAAGAGAGCCCAGGGAAGCCUGUGGUGUUGCAGCCAGAGAACAGGGUCAGCCAGCCUCCCAAAAAAGUCCCACUGAAGAGCAGCUUGCAGGCACCUCGCUCCUCAUCACCUGCUGUUGAGGAGAGGCCCGCGCUUGAUUUCAAAAGCGAGGGCUCUUCCUCCCAGAGCCUGGAUGAUGGGUUGCUGGUGAACGCCCAGUACAUCCCAGCCCAGCAGCAAAGCAUGAAGCUUCACAAAGGCACCCGAAAUGUCAAGAUUUUGAAAAGCUCCACGCUGAAACACAGACCCCACCUUUCCAACGGGCUGGAAAAUGGUUCUCAGACCUUGCGGGAGAAAACCAAGCCAGUGGGCAAGAAGUGCCGCUUUCCUGAGGAGUUGGAUACAAAUAAGAAACUGAAAAAGCCCUCCUCGCGGGGGAAGAGAGGCAGUGGCUUGCAGCCAGAGUCAGGUCUACAGAGUCGGCAGGCUGGUCUGCACAGAUCUGCUGUCCGAUCCCAUGGGCAUGGCCGAGAGGUUGUGGUGGCCAAGCCUAAACACAAGCGGGCUGACUACCGCCGGUGGAAGUCAUCGGCGGAGAUUUCCUACGAGGAGGCCCUGCGGAGGGCGAGGAGGAACCGUAGGGAUGGUGUGGGGGUCUACUCACAAGUCCCCCUGCCCUACGUCAGCCCAUAUGCCUAUGUGGCCAGCGACUCAGAGUACUCAGCAGAGUGCGAGUCCUUGUUCCACUCCACCGUGGUGGACACGAGUGAGGAUGAGCAGAGCAACUACACAACGAACUGCUUUGGAGACAGUGAGUCAAGCCUGAGUGAGGUGGAGUUUGUAGGGGAGAGCACGACCACCAGCGACUCUGAUGAAAGCGGGGGCCUCAUUUGGUCUCAGUUUGUCCAGACGCUCCCCAUCCAAACGGUCACGGCGCCAGAGCUGCAUGAAAAUGCAGCAAAAGCCUUUGUUAAAAUCAAAGCCUCACAUAACCUCAAGAAGAAAAUCCUCCGCUUUCGGUCAGGCUCCCUGAAGCUCAUGACAACUGUCUAGUGAAGGUGACUUGGUGGAAUGUAUCUGCUUCUGCUUUCUGAAGCAAGGUGCUUUUGUGUAUAUAUUUCUACAGAUUUUUCUCUUUUUUUUUUAUAUACAAAUAUUUAAAACUUAAGGUAAAUUAUGUCACUUGUCUUCAGAACUUGGGUGGAUACUAGUGCCUUUUAUGUGGAAAUAAAAGACCAUUAUACUCAUAUAAAAACAAAAGAAAGGUAACACUGCCAUUUCAGUGGUGAACAGCCUCCAGUGUAUGGUGUCAGAAGGCUUUGAAAUAGGGCUAAUGUUCCUGGGAAUGGAUCUCCCUUGCCUAGAUUUUCCUGUUCUGGGUCUUGUACAGGAUAUCAACAGCUUAAGAUCAUAAGUUUUUAGGGGAUAAGGGGGAGGGAGUGCAGGUGGUCUUCAUGUAUUGCUUGUCCCUUUCUGCUGCUCCUGUUGCCACAUCUUGAACUUCCUCUGGCUGCCUCACCUGGUUUCUUCUUGGUUUUUUUUGUUUGUUUGUUUGUUUUAUUUUGUUUUCUUUUGUUUCUGAUUUGUUUGUUCUAUUCUUGAAACUCACCCCCUGUCCUCCCCCAGCCACCCCCCACCAGGAAAGUGCUCCUGUUCAAUUUGUCUUUGAAGUUAAGUCGCCUUCUCUGGAGUACACUCUGCUCCUGUCUCCUGGGAGUCCCACUGUGGUUGGUGGUGGUGUUCAGAGUAACUUGUUGGAGCAGCUGACCAAGGCUUAGUAACUUCAGUAUAUUGUGUAAAACUGCUUUUGAAAAAGAAAAAAACCCAUAUGCAUGUCAUGUGCAUGAGUAUCAGUAGUUUUAAUAUUCCCGUUGAUGUCCGAUUUACUGUACAUCAUCAAUGGCUGUUUUUAUAUAUAUAUAUCAUUGUGUAAAUUAAUAUAACACAUCAUAUGCUGUAAUAAACAGUCUGUUUUAAUA